CGCUGCGCACAAAACCUGGUUACAAAGCCAGGUGCCCGCCCACCUCCACCGCGCCGAACUCCGAAAUGGAACUCCACUGCCCUCCUCUCCCGCUCCCCACCCUCCCUUCUCGCCGCCACUUCGAUCCCACCCCUUCUAUCCUCCUCCCUCGUCGCCCCAUCCCCUCUUCCAAAAUCCUCACUCCUCGAUCCGAUCCAGGAUCGCGUUCUUUUGAUGUCCACCUGCGGAGAAGAGCUACAACUUCCGAGGAGACAUCACUGGUCUUGUCAUCGGAGCAGUUCGAGGCAGCAGAAGAUGAAGCCACUGCGAAGGGCAUCGAUGGGGCGAUGCCGACGGUAGGAGAAUCUUCCUAUGAAGCCAUUUCGGUGGAAGAAGAUGCCGUGGAUCGUGGAGAAAGCGAGGCUAUUUAUCUCUUGAAGAAACUCCACGUCAAGUUGGACUUGGAAGACAACUAUUCCAUCCUCAUUUAUGGAACUGGCGUGCUAGUUGCUCUGUGGAUAUCAGUGACCAUCGUUGGUGCAGUUGAUUCUCUUCCUCUGUUUCCAAAGAUGAUGGAAGUCGUGGGCCUUGCCUACACACUCUGGUUCAGCUAUCGAUAUUUGAUCUUUAAGGAGAAUAGGGAUGAGUUGAUUGCGAAAGUUGAAGAUCUGAAGCAGCAAAUCAUUGGGUCAUAUGAUGAAUAAAUUUGCUCUAAUUCUGUUUGCUUGCUGCUCCAAGCUGAGCUGUAUGAUGGCUGGUUAAAUCAGUUGAACAUGAAGAGCUAUAUUUUGUUUACAUUUUUUUGAGUGGAUUGUCUUUCAGUAUUCUCGUGCAAUUUGGGAGCAUUGGACACGUUAGAUGACAUUGCUCUUUAGUUAAUUAAGCAUGUUCAUGGCUUUGAUUACAUUAAUUCUCUGUAAAGAUGUUUAAUGAUGAAAAACAUAUGCUGAAUUUUUUUUUUAUACAGGUUACCUGGUGUAUGCACAACUGGCAUUGAAUAGAUCAGAAAUCUGUGCUUUA